AUGGAUGCUGAAGACAAGGAAAGCUCAUCUGAUGAUAUGACUGAGAAGUCUCUGUCUCUGGAUGUUUACGACAGCAGUGAUGAGAAUACUGAGGGUUGCCCAAGACAGGAGACAUUUAAAGAUGAAAAAGCAGCUCUUUUUUCUGAUUUGGAAUGGUUGGAAGUAUUGUUUGAUGAGAGUGAAGAUGAUGAUGAUGACCUUGUGCUUAAAGUUGAUACUGGCAAGAAGAUGAGCUAUACCGAGACAGCACGGAUGUUCAAGCUGAGACGAAACCUGGACCAGCUGGACUGCUUUCACCGACAGAAGGAGCGUGACGUGCAAACAGCCAGGGAGAGGCUGAAACUCUGUCAUCAGACUGUUGAAAGUUUGCUGGAGCAGAGGGACAACUUGGAAAGGGAAAUUGAUCAACAGAAAGUAAAGGACAACAGUGUGGCGUUGUUUCGAUUGCGAGCCCAGCACAAACAGUUGUGUCAACAGCUACAAAAUGAGGAAGAGUUGGAGGGCCAAAUCCACACUGAACUAAGACAACAAGAACUGGAACUGAAUGGAGUGGAAGUGGAGCUUGGCAUGGUUUCUUCGCUUCGGCAGGUGGUGCAGGAGGAAGAGCAGGAUUUCCAGGACCUUAAAGCCCAGAAGGCAGCGAAACGGUUGCAGCACGAGAGGAAAGUUGGCCAGAACCUGCAGAACAACAUAAAGCUGCUCAGGGAUAAACAGGAAGACAUGCUAAAAAGGGAGAAAACUGAAUGCCAGAGGAAAACUGAGGAGGGUCGACAAUGCCAGAAGACAGCUGCCAAGUACUUGAAUCAGACAAUUAAAAGAAUGCACCAGCAAGCAGCUGAGAAGGAGCAACAGAACAGGGAGUUAAUAGAAAAGAAGAUGCAAGCUGUUAUGUCCCUGAAAUCCAACAUAGCAGCCAACCAAGAGAGUCUACGGAUUCAACAAAACAGAGUCAAAGCAGACGCCCAGAUGAAAGAGCAACAAGAAAGACAACUCGGAGAAUCUCUGCAGACCCAGGGCAUCAACAGUUUUAAACAUAUGUACCAGCUGAACAAACUGGAGGAGACGAAACGAAAGCAAGAGAAGUUUGAGGAGAGCCAGAAGUCAAAGAGGGUGGCAAUUGUUACAAAAAUUCUUCAGCAGGAACAGUUGAUGAAGAGCAGAAACAAGAGCCAAGUGUUGCCUCUUAAACCUUCAACCAGUAACAAGUUUUCAUCUUUGAGGAGGAAAAGAGAGAGGCUCAUGUACUACCUUGAUCCUUUCUUCCCAUCGGUUGCUGAGGAGACGGCAACAACCCAUUUCAGAAAGUCAAGUGACAUUAGGAGCUAUUCAUCAACUUCUUCUGAUGCCGAGGACCUGGAGGAAAUGAGUGAAAACUUUCAGGAAUCUGUAGCCCACAAGAGCCUCGCUGACUGCCUUGUUGAGCCUGAAUUCACCGGCCUGUGGGAAAAACACUACAAGAGGCCUGUCUCUGAGAAGGCUACAGCACUGCAAACAGAGGCACAGGAAGAUGAACCGGACACAACCAGCUGUAGAAAGUUAAACGUGACUUCUAAAAAAGUUCAUGAAAAAAAGUCCAAAGGGCCUCCAUUUGUCAGUAAACCAGAAGUCCUCUCUUUCAAGGACUUCGAAGUUGGGAAACUGUAUAAGAAGAAAAUAGUUCUGACAAACAUCAGCUAUAUCUUUAACCACUGCAAGCUCCUCAGAGUCUCUGCUCAGCUGAAGGGUUUCAUCUCUGUGAACUUCGAGCCUCCUGGUCCCUUAUCUACUGGGAUGUCCUUUGAUGUGCAGGCUGUUUUCCAACCAAUAAUCAACGAGGACUUGGAAGGAGAGAUACAGUUUGCAUCAACAGUGGGCCCUUUUUCUGUGCCCGUCAGAUGCACCACAAAGAAAUGCAUUCCAGAAGUUGACAGCCAAUUCAUUGACUUUGGUUCGCACGUCGUUGGCCAGAGCAUUUCACGGACUAUCAACUUGACCAACAAGGGAGCCCUGGCCACCCGCUUCAGCCUGGACACCUCCACACAACUCAUUCCAGAAACUAGCCAUGUCCAGAUGUCGUCCCAGGCUGCUGCCAACUCACGCUUGACAUGCAGUGAAAACACAACAUCCAGCAACCAGCAAAGCUCUGUUUCCAUGGAUGCUGAACAAAUUCAGCCAAAACAGCAGAGUCCAGAGUUCUCCAGAGAAUCACCGCAACCUGAGAAAUGUGCAGAAGCUGGUGUUGAGACUUGCUUGCCCUCAUAUGUGGACAGUAGAAUCCAGACUCCCUCAGAUUCUAAUGACAUAAGACUGGGACAAGUAAGAGACGGAGAGAUUGGACCAUUUCAAAGCAUCAAACUGGAUCUUGUUUUCACUCCCACCAUUCCAGGAGAGACCAAACUGGACUUUUUCAUCAAAUUCUCUGAAAAGGACGUCAAAACAAUACCUGUUCUGGUGAGGGGUGUGGCCGUCAGCAUCCCUGUAUGGGUGGUUCAGCCCAACGUUGACUUGAAAAUAUGCAUGUUUGACCACCUUUAUCAAGACAGUAUCAUGGUCCAAAGCAGAGCAAGCACUGCAUUGAAACUGAUCUUCGACGUAUGCCCAGAAAUGAGGAAACAUGUGGAGAUUCUACCAAAGAUGGGCUUCGUCCAGGCUCAGUCAAGAUUUAACACUCUUUUGAAAUUCAUGCCAAGGUGUUCCCUAUUCAAAGAUGCAGAGAAUUAUUUUGACAAAGAUACAGGAGUCCUUGAGGUUCCAAUGACCGUGCAAGUUGCAGGCCAGCUUCAUCCUGCCCGAUUUACUGUCCAGGCAAUUGUGACAUCGUCAGACCUGCAGUUUGACCGGACUGAGAUUGACUUUGGCUUCUGCUCCAUCUAUCAGUCCGUCAGGAGCAACGUGCGCUUCACUAACCUUUCCCUCCUACCUCAAGACUUUGGCUUUUUAUCUGUUCCAGAGUUCAUUGAGAUCCAGCCUAACGAUGGUUUUGGUACUGUGCUCCCACAAGAAACCCUGGAGAUUAAUUUGAUCUUCAGUCCCAAAAAAGCCCAGGAGUAUAAUUUUCAACUCUGCUGCAAAUCUGGAAUUAACAGAGAGUUUCUACUGUCCUGCCGAGCUGUAGGAGUUCACCCACCGCUGGAGCUCUCUCCUUCUCUGGUUCAGUUUAGAGCCACUGCCGUUGGUGACAAGUCCACGGCUGUUUUUCACCUGAUUAGCCACCACGCUGACAAUAACCAGUUCAAACAAACAGUAACUCCAGUGGCCAAAGACAUCAGGACGGUUGAGGUUCCCAGGUUGUUCUGCUUUACCCCACCAGAGGAUUCAGACAUCAGUAUAUCUCCCUCAGCAGGAUGCCUUCUCCCUGGAGAGAGAUGUCCUGUGCAUGUGACCUUCAGACCCAGACUUUUGGAUCAUGAGAUUAAAGCAGAGGCUUUAUGUCGCCUGCACCGGGCCAAGUUGCUCUGUGACACAAAGAGAAACGGACCCACUGAACAGGAGGAGAGCCUCGUGGGAUCCAGUAAAGGGGAAAAGAUAUCAGCUAAUUCAAAGAAGAGCAAGAUGUCAGAAAACCUUGUUUUGACCAAAUCACCUGACCCAAUCUGCAUACAGCCUGGGUCGGAGCAGUACGAGGAAGCAAAGGCCUCGUUGCUCUACUCCUUCACUCAGCGCUACAGAGAGCUCACCAUUCCCUGUUUCGUGUCAGAUGGAGUCCCUCCAGAGACAAACGGACAAGUCCAGCCAGCGUGGAGUGACAUGAAUACACUCUACCUGAAGCUGCAGUGCCUGGCUGUACAGCCCCCUCUGGUGGGACUAUCCAACAAUGGCCACAACGUCAUAGACUUCCAUCAAGUGGUUCUAGGAGAGAGAGUAAUUAAAACAUUUACAAUUCAGAACAUUUCAAAUGAAUCUGUGGAUUUGAUGUCAUCCGUGUUGGACGUACGUGGUCCUUUUUCUCUCCUGAAUGCUCUGAGACGCAUACAUCCAGGGGGAAAACACACUUUGGUUCUUGCUUUCAGCCCAGCUCUGGAGAUGAAGUGCCUUGAAACACUAGAGCUGCGAAGCCUUAACAUGGUUUUGGAAAUAAGUCUGUGUGGAGAGGGUGUUCUCCCUGCUGUCACCUCAUCUCACACUGGAGGUCUCCUUGACUUUGGCUUUGUGUUGGAGAAAGAGACCACUUCACAAAGUGUGCAGUUACAGAACAACUCUGUGGUGGCACUGGGGUUCAGCGUGCGGCUGGCCAGUCUGUCUUUCUCCAGGCAUCAGGAUGGAAUCGACAGAGUAGCCUUGCUGCUGGAUGGAUACAGAAACACUCAGAUCCGGCCUGUUGUAGGGACCCAGAACUACAGUGGUCUAAGUGUGUUCAGUGUGAAGCCAGUAGAGGGCAGCAUUGCUCCUGGACAGACCCAAGACAUCACCAUCACGUUUCAGCCUGACCACCCUUCUGUGAACUUCUCUGACAAGCUCACCAUAGAGCUCAUAAAUAAGAGUAAAGUGUGUGAGGUGAAUCUGAAGGGUGCAGCCUCGUCACAUAACAUGUAUCUGCACGGAGGAGACCUGCUGACAGUGCCCAUCGAAUCUCUUCUCCCCCAGCUUCACCUCACAGAGUCACAGAUGGCGGAGAGGCCAAAUAUCCCCGUGCUGGUGACCCUGCAGGCCAGCUACAAUGCAGGUGUCAUCAAACCUGCGGUCAGGGAACUGCAUGUUGGCUGCAUCCGCUCCUCAAACACCAAAAAGAAGAGUGGAGAGUUUUACUGGGAUAGUGUGGCCCCUCUGCAGCAGCAGGGCUUCAGUGUGGAGCCUCUGAAGGGCAGUGUGGAGGCAGGUCACAGACGCACACUCACCAUCACAUGGGCUCCCCAAAGUGGAUACAAGCCUUCAGAGGUGGUGCAGAUGUGUGUGUCUCUCACUGUAAAGGGGGAUGAGACUCGUACUUACCGAGUCACCUUGAUGGCUUUGGUCUCACCAACUGCUGAAUGAUCCAUACUGGCCCCGGCUGCUGACCCGUGGAAG